AUGGCGUCAGCCUUAUCAGAGGACGAAUUUCAUCGUUUACAGCUUCAGCUAUUAGAGUUAAGAACUGGAAAUUAUGAAUUAGAUGGUAAAUCUAAAAAGCUUGAGAGAGAAUUAACCCUGAGUCAAGAGAGAUGUGAACACCUUGAUAAAGAGUUGGCCAAGGCAAACAAGGCAAUAAACAAGAGUAAGAAAACUAAGGAAGUAGAGCUAUUGAUACAAGAAAAUGAUGGAUUGCAGAGUAAAUUACAUAGUCAAGAAGAAGAAUUUAGACUACAAAAUCAAACAUUGAUGCAAGAAUUAUCAACUGUAAGUUUCAUUCUUUGA